CAGACACAGAGACUGGGAACUUCACGCCGCAACACAACACAAUACAAUACAACACAACACAACACUCCCAUUUUCACCUUUUUUUUCUUUCAUCGGAGAGAAUAGGUGGUGCAUGCACACACACUUUUCAUGAUCUCUCUCUCUAUAUAUGUGCACUUUCACACGUUAUAUCAUACAUAGAGAGACACAUAAGUCUCUAAGCCAAACCUCACUAUCUCACACGUUGUAGAGCUACUUACAUAGGGAGCUCAAAUCUCAAUGGCCCUUCAGAGACUCUGAAAAGCUAACAAGGCUGGUGGUUGUUCCGAUAGAAGCACAUUCAAUGGAGUUUUUGUUUUUUCAGUUUUCGGGACUGGAUCAAGUUGACCCCAGAUCUUCAAUUUGUUUGAUUGCUGCGAAGUGUCGUCCUUUCUUUUGAUUAAUAGCCUGGGUUGGUACUCGGUAGUGUAACUUCAACUUGGUUAUCUUGUCAUUGGGAAAUGUUGACUUGCAUAGCUUGUACCAAACAACUCAAUAAUGGAUCUCUCCGCCAAGAAGAAGAGGAGGAAGCUGUUCACACACCCGGCACAAAGCAAGCCAUCAAGGCUCUCACUGCACAGAUCAAGGACAUGGCAGUGAAGGCUUCCGGGGCCUAUAAGAGCUGCAGACCUUGUUCGGGAUCUUCCAAUGGUAACAGAAAUAGGAAGUAUGCAGACUCAGAUAUGGGGUCAGAGUCAGCCAGGUUCAACUGGGCCUACCGCAGAACUGGGAGCUCCAAUUCAACCCCAAGGAUGUGGGGGAAGGAAACAGAAGGUGGGAGGGUGAAAGGGCUUUCCAGUGGGGAAGGAACUCCAGCUUCAGUGAGUGGACGCACUGAGUCAGUGGUGUUCAUGGAGGAGGAUGAGCCUAAGGAGUGGAUUGCACAAGUGGAGCCUGGUGUGCUUAUUACUUUUGUUUCAUUGCCUCAGGGAGGGAAUGAUCUCAAAAGGAUACGGUUCAGUCGUGAAAUGUUUAAUAAAUGGCAAGCUCAGAGGUGGUGGGCAGAGAAUUAUGACAAGGUCAUGGAGUUGUACAAUGUUCAGAGGUUCAAUCAGCAAGCAGUUCCUCUUCCAACCCCACCUAGAUCUGAAGAUGAGAGCUCAAAGAUUGAAUCUGCUAGGGACAGUCCUGUCACUCCUCCACUCAGCAAAGAGCGUGCACCCCGCCAUUUUCACCACCCAAUGGGAAUGGGCUACUCCUCAUCAGAUUCACUGGAUCAUCACCAAAUGCAUCCUCACCCUUGUUAUGAAACAAGUGGUCUGGCAUCAACACCUAAUCUUUCCAACAUUAGUGCACCAAAGACUGAAAAAUCAUCCGUUGAUGGUUCUGUAAGGACCAGUUCAUCUGGUGAAGAUCACUCAGGCGAGUUUUCAAUCAGCAAUGCCAGUGAUAUGGAAACUGAAUGGGUUGAACAGGAUGAACCAGGAGUCUACAUCACUAUCAGAGCACUGCCUGGUGGAACUAGAGAACUCAGGCGUGUUCGGUUCAGCCGAGAAAGGUUUGGAGAAAUGCAUGCAAGAUUGUGGUGGGAAGAGAACCGUGCUAGGAUACAAGAACAAUACUUGUGACUGUGACUAUAGAAAAUGCCUUUACACAGACAACUGCUUCAGCAGGCUAACACAGUACAGCUUGAAAGCUUUACAACAGUGUUGUGCAUUAUAGAUCCAGUUACCUUCUUUCCAUGCCAUGUAACAGCAACUUUCAACUUUGUAGUUUACUUUAGCAGUGGAGAAAUGCAGAUGUUGGGAAAUAUUAAACUUUGAUAGUGAUAUUUUAGUCUUAGUUAAAACUUAUUCCUGCCAAUGUCAGUCAAAUGUUUCCAUCUUGUAUGAAUUUUCAACUAUUUCAAAUGAGAUAACAAGUUUGGUUGUGUCAAAA